CUCGGCCCCUCGCAGCCCUCCCCGCCUCCGGCCUCCAACGGCCCCAACAAGGAGCUCCGCACCGGCGUGGACUGGACGGAGAACGCCGUGAACGGAGAUCACCUGUGGACGGAGACGAGCUGCUCAGGAGACCUGUGCUACCUGGGAGAGGACACCUGCUUACUGAAGACCGCAAAGUCGGCCCCCAGGAAGAAAUGUGCAGCCUGUAAGAUCGUGGUUCACACCGGCUGCAUAGAGCAGCUAGAGAAGAUUAACUUCCGCUGCAAGCUGACGUUCAGAGAGGGAGGAUCCCGAUGCCUCAGAGAUCAGAACGCACUGAGACAUCACUGGGUUCACAGACGGAGGCAAGACGGCAAAUGUAGACAAUGUGGAAAGAGUUUUCAACAGAAGUUCUUCCACAGUAAAGAAAUCAUCGCCAUCAGUUGUUCUUGGUGUAAACUGGCCUUCCACAACAAGGUGACGUGUUUCAUGCUGCAUCAGAUCGAGGAGCCGUGUUCUCUGGGGGCCCACGCUGGAGUCAUAGUGCCCCCCUCCUGGAUCAUCAAAGUCAGGAAACCACAGAGCUCACUGAAGAACUCGGCAAGGAGAAAAAAGCGGACGUCUUUUAAACGAAGGACAAGCAAGAAGGGACUGGACGAUUCUAAAUGGCGUCCGUUCAUGUUGAAGCCGCUUCCCUCUCCUCUCAUGAAGCCCAUCUUGGUUUUCGUCAAUCCGAAGAGCGGCGGCAACCAGGGUGCCAAGGUGUUGCAGAUGUUCAUGUGGAUCUUGAACCCUCGACAGGUGUUUGACCUGUCGCAGGGCGGCCUGCGGGAGGCGUUGGAGCUGUACCGGAAAGUGCCAAACCUGAGGAUCCUCGCCUGUGGAGGAGACGGGACGGUCGGCUGGAUCCUGUCCACGCUCGAUGAGCUGCAGAUGAACCCCCAGCCUCCGGUCGCCGUUCUUCCUCUGGGAACAGGAAAUGACCUCGCCAGGACGCUCAACUGGGGCGGGGGUUACACUGAUGAGCCCGUGUCCAAGGUUCUGUGUCAUGUGGAGGACGGUUCUGUUGUGCAGCUCGACAGGUGGAACCUGCUGGUGGAGAAGAGUGCUGCUCUGCCAGAGGAGGGAACGCAGAAGCUUCCUCUCAACGUGUUCAACAACUACUUCAGCCUGGGCUUCGACGCUCACGUCACCCUGGAGUUCCACGAGUCCAGAGAGGCCAACCCGGAGAAGUUCAACAGCCGCUUCCGCAACAAGAUGUUCUAUGCAGGAGCUGCGUUCUCAGAUUUCCUCCAGAGAAGCUCAAGGGACUUGUCCAAGCACGUCAAAGUGGUGUGUGAUGGUACAGAUCUGACCGCCAAGAUCCAGGAGCUGAAGUUCCAGUGCAUCGUGUUUCUGAACAUUCCCAGGUACUGUGCUGGCACCAUGCCGUGGGGAAACACAGGCGACCACAGAGACUUCGAACCCCAGCGCCAUGAUGACGGCUGCAUCGAGGUCAUCGGCUUCACCGUGGCGUCACUGGCGGCGCUACAGGUCGGAGGUCACGGGGAGAGACUCCACCAGUGUAGAGAGGUUGUGUUAACGACCUUCAAGACCGUUCCUGUUCAGGUGGACGGUGAGCCAUGUCGUCUGGCCCCCACCACCCUCCGCAUCUCCCUCCGAAAUCAGGCCAACAUGGUCCAGAAGAGCAAGAGACGCACCUCAGUGCCCCUGCUGAACGACCCUCAUGCAGUUCCAGAUCGUCUGCGUCUGCGAGUGAAUCGAAUCAGCCUCCAGGAGUACGACCGGCUGCAGUACGACAAGGAGCGACUCAGAGACAUCUCCAUCCCUGUCGGCAUCGUGGUGGUACGAGGAGACUGUGACCUGGAGACGUGCCGACUCUACAUCGACAGACUUCAAGAGGACUUACACCAGGCGCCAUCUACUGGCCACAGAGUGCACUACCAGGACGAGAGCAGAGGCGUCUCCAGGACCAGUUCAUCCAGUCGAUUGUCUCCCAACUGGAGCUUCUUGGAUUCAACAUCAGCUGAUCGCUUCUAUCGUAUCGACAAAGCUCAGGAGCACCUCCACUUUGUGACGGAGAUCUGUCAGGAUGAGGUUUUCAUCCUGGACCACGAGGGGCCUGUGGUUAGCCCGGGGGCGUCCACGGGGAUGCCUGAUCUGGUGGUGGAACCUUCAGCAGGCGCUCCACUGACACCUGAGGAUCAAGCUCUGUUUACUGCUGCCACCUCUGGAGAUCUCUCUGUGCUGUCGGAGUGUGUGCGUCGAGGCAUCAGCUUGUUGGGCCGAGACUCCGGCGGCUGCUCGGCGCUUCACAUCGCGGCUCAGAACGGACACGCCGACCUGGUCAGCUUCAUCCUGCAGCAAGGCUCCAAAGUGCAGCUGGAGUUAACAGACAGAGAAAAAGGGGACACUGCCCUGCACAAAGCCGCCUCUGAGAAGCAGCAUGCAGUUUGUCGACUGCUGGUUGAGGCCGGGGCGUCGCUGGAGAAGACCAACUUCCUGGGGAAGACUCCAGCGGACCAGGCGGAGGGCGACUCGGAGCUCGCCUCCUACCUGAGCACCCAGCAACACAAAGCCUGUUCCACUCAUGAAGACUUGGAGACGGCGGUCUGAGGCGCACACAGACACACACACACUCACACACUCACACACUCACUCUGCCUCCGUGGACUCACACACUCGCAGUGGAGAGGAACGUGUGUGAGGAAAGUGUUUAGAUGAACGACCGGAGUCGGGCUCCACGUCGAGGAGAAGAACCGGUGGAGCCGCCGCCGCGCCGCAGUGGAGAUUUUAAUCAACUAUUUAUUUGUAUUUAUUUAUUCAUAUUGUAUUUAUUGGCUGUGCUGAUUGGUUGGUCGACUGAUUGAUUGUCGGACAUGUGACGGCUCAGGAUGCAAAGUGCACUUUGAGCGGCCGCGGCGGGUUCGUGAGUCACCGGGGGAAUCGAACCCGUGAAGAGACGCCUCUCGUCUUCUAAGGGAUUUAUUUCAGUCGCAGAUCUUCAGAGGUCACGAGUUUUAAUUCAGUGAGAAACGUGGUCGGUGGUGGAAAGCGUCAGAAUAACAAGAAGUCUCCUGUCAGAGCCGAUAGUGACGGUUUGUGUGUUUACCCAUAAAAAAUAACGUGUGCCAAAGACAUUGCACUGAUGUCGUCCAGAGUCCACGGUUUCACCAACGCUCCCAGAAUCCAUCAGUGUGUCGUGUGUGUUUGUUCGGCCUCCGGGGGGGAGGGCGGGGGGGGACCACAGGAUGUCCCAAACUCUCCGGUCCCUCAAUUAAAAAAAAUGUGAAACCAAAACUAACCAGAAAUCGUCCUCGGAGUCGGAGUCGCUCUCUUCAAGAUAUGCAAACGAUCUCCAUGCUUUUUAUCACAUGUUGUUUCACCGAGCUUUGAUUUCAUCACACUUUUAUUUCUUCAGCUGCUUUUUUCAAAUCCACCGUCAGAAAAUAUAAUUCAUAAAUUAACAAGAGCAACACAAACAGAACACGUGUUCCAGAACAGGAAUAUUUCUUUAUAUAAUAUUUCUUUCUUUAUAUUUGAAAAAGACCCAGGAACCUUCAGGGUGAACAUUUAAAACAUCUAACGUUUAAAAAUGAGCUGCAGCCUGGACCAGUAGUGGACCAGUAGUGGACCAGUAGUGGACCAGUAUCAGGAUUAAAACCCUACACCCUAUUAAAACAUGAAUUAUGAGCAGGUGCAGUUUAUUUUGAAGGAUCAACCAGAUUAUGUUUUUAAUAAACAGUGAAUUUAAAGCUAAAUCAGUAACGGACAAAAACCUCUCAAGCUGCCGUCACACAAAUUACACAAUGGGCUUGUGUGUAUCUGGUACUCCUGAAGCGACAAAGCUUUGUGUGUCUGUCUGUGUGUUUGUGUGUGUGCGUGUGUGUUUGUGUGAGACAAUACGUCCCAUUUCAUAUCAAAUCAAAAAAGAGACGCAAGUGCACCAGAGAGAGACUCACUCUGCUCUGUGCAGCGUCUACACACCUACAGACUGUGUGUGUGUGUGUGAGUCUGUGUGUGUCUGUGUGUGUGUCUGCAGCAUUUAUCCAAGAAGAAAAGAACAAUCUGAGCCAUAUUCGAUGCAAUAGGAUCGAUGACGUCUCUUUGCGUUUCUCUAUUAAUCGUUUACAUUACAUUAAUGUUUUUAACGUCCGUUUAGCACCGAGGACUCAUGAAUGUGCAAUUUAACUUCAGUGCUGGUUGAGUAUAUGAUGUCUUGGUAUUUUUUUUUUAUUUUGUAUUAUUAUACCUGUUAUGAUUUGUAUUCUGUGUGCACGUAUAUCACUGGAUUGAACUCAGCCCUGUGACGUCUCUUCACAUCCAACCUGUCGUGACUAAAUUCACAUUCUCAAGUGGAAACAAGUUUUUUCCGGGGACGUAGAAAAUCUCCCGGAGACGCUCGGCCAUCGUAGAAGUCUCGUUUUCAGCAGCUACACAAAUUCACAGAUUUAAUCAAAUGACUUUUUCAGUUUUUUUGUCGGGUUUGUGUGUUUUUUAUUAACCGUUGAACACCAGACACGUCACAAUCCAGAUCUCUGGAAAAAAAACCUGGAUCUUGAGUUAGUCAGUUUGGCUUAAAUCAGUAUUUCCAAGGUGUAAAAUGAAUCUUCUGCAUUUUUUUUUAAGUAUUUAUACCAAACACUUUGUUACAUGACAAACCACAAACAGAGUUAAUCCCCUCGUGUGGCUGCAGGGGGCGCUGUGGCUCGGUAACUGUCACAUAGCGUUGCUUUAAGUCCUCGUCGGUUUGGUGUUAGCUUGUAGCGUAGCAUGACGCGUCAGUGUUAUUCUGGUCAUGUGCCGGUCUUCAACAUCCACUUCGGCUAAAUUUACGUUUUAAAUCUCAAAUAUUGUUUUUUUUUUUGAUUCCUUUAUUUUAAUCGACAUUAAUCUUUGCUGAACUUCUACGAUGGCUGCCAGUGUCGAGAUGACAUCAUUCAACUGAACCACGAGUUGUUGUUUUAAUGAAGUGACAGAAGUGAUGAGCUCGGCCCGUUCUGAACGACACACACACACACACACACACACACACACACACACACACACAGACACACACGCUUCGUAUCACUCUCUGUUCAGUAGAAACAGGACUUUGUAUUAAACUCCUCAGCGUUGGUCAUGCAUGGCAUUUUUUUUUUUUUUCUUACAUCUUUGGGAUUAUUUUCUGGCAAUGGCAUAAAAAAAUGGCAUUAUUGUUGUUCAAACUAUUAAAUUAUUAUAGUUUUAAA